AUGAUGCUAGUUGAUGUUGUCAAGGCGUCGUGUGACGACUCGCAGAUUGCAAAGAACUUAAGUUGCCGCCGGACAAAGUGCGCUGCAAUCAUAAAGAAUGUGCUUGGAGAGGAGAGUCGCGAAGAGCUCUGCGAGCUUUUGCGCACACAGAAGUUUUCCCUUCUGGUGGACGAAUCCACUGACAAGGCUACGGUGAAGCAUCUGUCACUUGUCGCCCGAGUAAUGAACGCCGACGGCGGCAUAAUGGAUGCGUUUUUCGACUUAGUACCAGUCAGUGAUGCGACUGCCAGCUCUCUCUAUACUAGCUUAAAGGCGGUGUUCAGUGCUGCGGAAAUUCCGUACGACAAAAAUUUGAUUGGUUUUGCGGCCGACGGAGCGAACGUAAUGAUGGGUGCACCUCAUUCCGUCGCGUCGCUGCUACAAGCAGAAAUUCCAGGCCUCUUCAUUAUGAAGUGCGUUUGCCAUUCGUUCCAUCUGUGCGCCUCGUAUGCGUGUAAAACACUUCCAAGAGGAGUUGAAGAUCUGGCACGCGAUGUUUUCAAUUACUUUUUGUCGCCGAAGCAGACAUCUGCCUUCCAAGAAUUCCAGAAGCUGGCAGAGGUGAAACCGCACAAGCUCUUGCACCCAAUUAAGCCAAACAAGGUGGCUGCGUCUCUCCAAGUUGUUGUGACACGCUUGCUUGAGCAGAUGCCUGCCCUGAUUUUGUUUUUCAAAAAAGCAGCCACUGACGACCGCCUGCUUGCUGUAGAAGCCAUUCUGGAAAAACUGACUGACCCGUCAACGAAACUCUACCUCGAGUUUCUUGAGUACGUCCUGCCUUUUUUCACUAACCUAAAUAAGGAAUUGCAGUCGGAAGAAACCAGAAUUCACUUGCUCCAUGAAAAGGUUUCGGCCAUGCUGAAAUGCAUACUGGAAUGCUACAUAUCAAGCGAGACUACCUGGAGGCCACGCCGUUGUCCGAUGUGCGGUACAAAGACCCAGCCAAGUUCCUGCCAUUGGAAGAAAUUUACCUCGGAGCAAAGCCAACUGCCGCACUAG